GGGUAUAAAAAAAGGGUACAAAAUGAAAAUCAAAUCUAGUCAUCGUAUACUUUGGCCUGUAUAUAUAAGUUGUUUCGAAAUUUCGAUUUUAGCGAGGGUUUUCUUUGAUUUCGAAGAUGUUGAAAUUAUUUCCGGGACGCGAUUUUUGAAGAUUUCUUUGCUUAGAAACAACUUUUCUCUUUUAAAAACUUAAAACCUCAUUAAUUAUAGUAAAUAUUCCCAGUAUAUUAUUAGAGACCUCGAAGCAGGGCUGGACGCAAAUUUUCUGCAGCCGCAUUCCGCAGUCUGCAAGUCCAAAAAACAGCAAUUUCACGCAAUC